GCACUGGUGGGCAGCACUGGUGGGUGGGCACAGGUGGGUGGCACUGGUGGGUGGGCACAGGUGGGUGGCACUGGUGGGUGGGCACAGGUGGGUGGCACUGGUGGGCACAGGUGGGUGGGCACAGGUAGGUGGCACUCUGGGCACAGGUGUGUGACUCAGAGUGGCACAGGUGUGUGACUGCAGAGCUGGCACAGGUGGGUGCACUGCUGGGCACAGGUGGGCGGAGCUAGUGGGCGCACUGCUGGGCACAGGUGGGCGGAACUUGUGGGUGGCACUGCUGGGCACUGAUCAUCACGUGUCAUUGGACACCGCUGAUCACGUGGUA